AUGAGGGGUCAAGCCACCCAGCUAUCGUCGGAUGCUAAAGGCGAGCGCCUCGCGUAUGCGUCAAAUAAAUCGAUCUUCCUCCGCUCAAUCGAUGAGCCUGCUUUAGCGCGGCAAUACACCGAGCAUAAGGUGCAGACUACGGUCGCACGCUUUGCACCAUCUGGAUUCUAUGUUGCUAGCGGAGAUGCUAGUGGUAUAGUCAGAGUUUGGGAUUGUAUGGGUGAUGGAAUCACCAAGGGCGAAUACAGCAUUGUCAAUGGUCGAAUCAACGAUCUCGCCUGGGACGGGGAUUCACAGCGUAUCAUCGCCGUCGGUGAUGGAAAGCAAAGAUACGGUCAUUGUAUCACUUGGGAUAGCGGAAAUACCGUGGGUGAAAUUCGCGGGCAUACUCAGCAGAUUAAUACUGUUUCGAUUCGCCAACAGCGACCACUGCGCGCCGCUGCAGCCGGUGACGAUAGGAAUGUGGUUUUCUACCAUGGAGCGCCCUUCAAGUUUAACACCGGAAUCCGCGACAAGCAUACCAAUUAUAUCUACGGUGUUGGCUUCAGCCCCGACGGCUCGACAUUGGUCAGUGCUGGCGCUGAUAGGAGGAUUUGGUUAUAUGAUGGUAAAACCGGCGAGGCCAAGGGCCAGAUCGGAGAGGGCGAACAUAAAGGAAGCAUUUUCGCAGUAUCAUGGUCGAAAGAUUCGCGUAAAUUUGUUACUGCAAGUGCUGAUAAGACCGUCAAAAUUUGGGAUGCAGAGGCUGGCAAAGUCACCCAGAGCUGGAACAUUGGCGGAGAAGGAAAUUCAAAUGUUCAAGACCAGCAAGUCGGUGUGGUUUGGCCUCCAGGAAGGAGUGAUGGCCUCCUUAUCAGUUUGUCGUUGAGCGGCGAUCUUAACUAUCUUGUUGAAGGGACGCCUAACCCGAGGCAAGUUAUUCAAGGCCAUCAGAAGAAUAUCACAUCUUUGACUACGUUCGGGUCGGGCCGUGGAAGCGAAACACUGUGGACAGGAAGCUCCGAUGGAAGGGUAUGCGGCUGGGAUGUCCCUACGGGAAAAGCGGAGGAAAUCGAAGGAGAUCGUUCCUCGUCGUAUGUCGCAGGCCUGGUACCGACUCAAGAAGGCACUGGGAGGAUCUACAGCGUUGCUUGGGAUGAUACCAUUCGUUCUAUAGACAUCGGCGCCAAAACGUAUACAGGGAGCUCUUCCAAGCUAUCUGGACAGCCCAAAGGGGUCGCCGCCGGAGACGCGACCGUUUUAGUGACAACAUCCGAAGGUGUUGAGAUUCACAAGGAUGGACAGAAGGUGGGCGAUUUCAAGGCGAAAUUUUCCGUUACUGCUGUGGCAGCUCAUGGCAGCGUGGCGGCGGUUGGGGGAGAUGACUCCACCGUUCAGUUUUGUGACAUUUCUGGGUCUAGCCUGAUUCCGAAGCGAGAUAUCAAGGCAUCGCGGGACGCGGUAUCAUAUCUGGCAUUCUCGCCUGAUGGCUCUAACUUAGCUAUCGGUGAUUCACGGGGACGUGUGCUUGUAUACAAAGUUGCCGAUGGCAGCUUGGUGAAUGACCGCUGGACGGCACACACAGCUCGGAUCACCUCCAUUGCAUGGAACAACAACGGAAACCACAUAGUUAGUGGGGCGCUGGACACCAACGUCUUUGCUUGGAGCUUGACCACUCCGGGUGACUGGCUGCAGGUGUCCAACGCCCAUAAAGAGGGUGUCAACGGUGUCGCUUGGAUUGCUGGGGGGUCCAAGAUCGCUUCUGUUGGAGCUGAUGCUGCGGUUAAGCUCCGCCAGGCGACUUUUAUUCUCCCGAAAACUGGCCAACGUCUCAAAGGCCUAGUACAACUACGGAAUCCGCGCCUCGAUUCCAAUAAUAAUAAUGCCGAUGAACGACGGGGACUCCUCUCCGGAGAGAUUCUCCCCUCUCCAAAGGGCUUCAUUUCACGUGUAAAUGCAAAGCUUCGGGAUAAUUGUCACUCGUUGCGGCAGUUUGUUUCAUCCGAGCUUGGAAUAGGUGUCCUAAAGUGCAGCCUAGCCUAUUUGCUUGGGUCUCUGGCGACCUUUGUCCCAGUCCUGGCAGCGUUUCUCGGUCACCAAGAUGGCAAGCAUAUGGUCGCGACCAUAACAGUUUACUUUCAUCCAGCAAGAUCACAAGGUAGUAUGUUCAAGGCGUUGAUCUGUGCGUUCCUGGCCUUUAUCUACACGGCCUUCAUUUCAGUCACUAGUAUGUGCGUUGAGAUGUUCUUCCAAGAUACAUUGGACUUGCUCCCACUAGGACACGCGAUAGUUCUUAUUGUUUUCUGUGGGGGUGGAUUGGGGUUUAUUGGAUGGACGAAACAAAGGCUAAGCGAUCCUCUUGUCAAUGUUGCGUGCUCUUUGGCCUCGCUCUCCACGAUUAGUGUCUUAACGAAAGAAGGCGCGGUUCAAGCUGGCGAUCUGUCGUUUGCAAAAAUUUCCCAAGUCUUGAAGAUGGUUGUCAUGGGUGUCGGUGCUACUAUGGCCGUUUCAUUCCUCAUUUUUCCUAUCUCCGCGAGAAAGAAGUUGCGGUCCAAUCUCACCAGCGUGACUGAGUCCAUGGCGACUAUGCUAGCUCUUAUUACAGAGAGCUUCUUGAGUGGCUCAGAAGAGGAGCUUCAGGCCACAGAAUUUGUUGAUGCCGCUGCUCGGCAUAAAAAAGCCUACGCCCAGCUUGACACCCUCGUCAAAGAAGCUAAACUUGAACACUUUUUUGGGGGCACUGAGAAGGAGUACCGAUUGGAGAAAAAUCUUGUUCGCUGGGUACAAGAUAUCACCCAUAAUAUGGGAGGCUUACGCAGUGCUGCCUCAUUACAAUUUCAGCUCCUCAAACAGACCAAGCCUACUGAGCCGCCGCGGGCUCCGAAUAUAGAGACAUCCUAUCGCAGAACUGACCCUCGCAGGCCGAUGAGCCCUUGGUCAAUGCCCGAAGAUCAGGCUUGCCUUCAACCGACUGACAAGAGACCAAAAGAAGAACCAUCGGAACCUGACAUCUUUAGACCAAGUCUAAAUCGUAGGCAGACUUCUGAAUCUGAAGCCAGUCUAACCCUUCUUCCUGCUGAUAUAUUCGCCAUUUUCAUAGACCACCUGGGGCCUUCUAUGGAAAUAUUUAAGGAAGUACCUUUUGCGCCAGAUCGGCAUUACAAAGUUUCUGUCGAUAGCAGAUUCCGCACCAGUCUCGACCGUGCUCUUGAACUUUAUAAAGCAUCUCGAGAGGAAGCACUAAAAACGAUAUACCGGCAGAAGGAAAUCUUCAAGAUUAAAACUGUGGAGCUUGAAGCAGACCUGGAAGAAGUUGCCGCUAGCUGUGGGCAUUUUAGCUUCUCGCUGUUAGAAUUUGGCGAACAACUAAAAGACUUACUCGACAUUCUAGAUGAACUACAGCUCGAGUCUGAAGAGCGACCUCAUGGGAAAUCUUGGAACUGGCUGAAAUUUUGGCGCGGAAGCGAACCUGAGCGAAGGCGAAACUCCUCCGGUGAUGUCUCUAAUCCUGGAAAGCCGCCCGCAAAGGUCAGGCUUGGAUACCAAAUCUGGAAAUCCAUCCGCGUGUUCCGAAGAGAUGACAUGAAAUUCGCGAUCAAGGUCGGUACUGGCGCAGCCCUAUAUGCCUUGCCUUCCUUCAUCCCAUCGACUCGACCAUUUUACUCACAUUGGCGAGGAGAAUGGGGUCUGUUAUCAUACAUGCUAGUCUGCUCCAUGACAAUCGGCUCGUCUAACACCACCGGGUAUGCACGCUUUCUUGGUACAUGCCUCGGUGCGGUGUGUGCCAUCCUCUCUUGGUAUAUCACUUCCGGUAAUGUGUUCGCUCUCGCAUUUCUGGGCCUGCUCAUGGCCAUUUGGACGUCCUACAUCAUAAUAGUUAAACGUCAAGGCCCAAUGGGUCGCUUCAUUAUGCUUACAUACAAUCUCUCCGUCUUAUACGCGUAUUCACUUACCCAACAAGACGGGCAAGGUGACAAAGAUGAGGGCGGGGAUAGCCCUAUCAUCACUGAAAUCGCUCUCCAUCGAGUUGUGGCGGUUUUCUCCGGUUGUAUUUGGGGCAUCAUCAUUACGAGAUUUAUAUGGCCCAUCAGCGCACGUAAAAGGCUAAAGGACGGCCUCGCCUUGUUAUGGCUUCGGAUGAGUUUAAUCUGGAAAUCCGGCCCACUAUCUGCAACACACCGUUUCAAGCAAUCAACUGAAUUCGUGAGUGCCAGGGAUAAGCUUGAGGUUGAGAGGUUUCUAGCACAUUUGGAAUCUCUUCAGGUUUCUGCACGAUCCGAGUUUCAGCUCAAGCAAGCGUUCCCAGAUACUGUCUACACCAAUCUCCUUAGGCGAACGCGGAGCAUGGUGGAUUCAUUCGUUGCCAUGAAUCUGGAGUUGGCCAAGAAUAUGACUUCUUCGGACGGGGAAUUGGCCAUUCUUGACUACACAGGCCCAGAGAGACGGCAUCUGUCAUCCCGAAUUAGCCAUCUACUAUCUUUCAUGGCUUCCUCCAUGAAGUUAGAGUAUCCCCUGAAUGAUAACCUACCAAAUGUUGAGAAUGCGCGAGACCGCCUUCUUGCUCGCCUUUUCCACUAUCGCAAGGACCUGGAAGUUUCCCGGUCGUCGACGGACGAGGAUUACUCGCUGCUUUACGCCUACGUCCGUCGCGCCUCCGCGAGCCUGACAUCUCCGACCAUGCAGAUCGACCCAGCGGCUCUGAGUCGAACGGACUCUGCAUCUGCCACCGUCACUUCAUCGAAAACCACGGCUCCAAAUGGAAUAAUACCUAAAUCUACCAAAGCCCUGAUAUCAGUGCCGCGACUGGAUCUGGAGCCUAUUUACACGGAACUGAAAGCCGCUAUCGGCCACAGGUGGACUGAGUACAAGGAAGCCACCACGCUCUUUCUAUUAGGGCAACUAAAUCAAGAUGAACUCGCCUCGCGCAUCGAUCAGAUAAUAUGUGCUGACCAGAAAAUCGAACACCUACAUAACAAUUUCGUAUGCGCGAUAAUUGGCAACCUCACAAGGGAUCUUCCCGAUCAUGGGGUCGCUAAUUGGGUAUCGGCGAACGACAAGCCCUCUGUCGUGUCAAAACCGACUUCUGGGGAUGCCGCCGAGCAGCGACUCAAAACGGAGAUCAUGCAAUUGCCUCCAAGAGAUCGCAGACGGAUUAAAGCAAUUCCAGAGCGCGAUCCUCAUGAGACAGGACGCAAUGAAUUGGAAGAGUACCAUUUGGCCAAACAGAUAAAACUACCAAGCCAAGUCCCAGCAAGUGCGGGAGGCUUGAACAUGACAAAUUGGGAACUAGAAGUUCGAAAGCGAUACGCACAGCCGUUGGCGUCGGAGACCGGCGAGUUCCCAGAUUCUGAAUCAAUACACGCGCGCAUGACGCCUAUUUGUUACGAAGAGUCAGUCGUUAACGGUGCAGGUGUGGCUUGUGCCGAGUUCAUGGCAAUAGCAACGGAAACUUUCGUCAAGGAGGUUCUAUCAGUUGUCUUUUCCCGAACAAGAUCCAAUGGUCCUUCUGGCACUAUCAAUGGCAUGAUGAAGCGGUCAUAUAAGCAACAACUUGAGCGGGAAGAGUUGGCUUUCACCCGUGGUGAGAUUGCCAAGGACGGGGCCACUGGGUUGCUUCCCGUCGAGGCCAAGGAAGCCAGCACUCGUAGCGCUCUUGGUGUGCGGGAUCUACGAUUGUCAUUAGAAAUCGGAAGCGGAGUUCUGAGUCACAUGCCUCUACUUGUGGACCAGAUCAUGGGAGGUUAUCUCGAAGACGAAUUAGAAGCGGACAAGCGAGAGCACACUGAUAUAGAUGACACGAACCCUCAGAGUGUGAUCGACGAAAUGGAGGUGGAUGAAAUAGAUUUAGGCUGGGAGGGCGCCACGCUGGGCGACCACGACCAACUCGACACUCUACUAGAUGAGUGCUUAUCAAUGGCCUCAUAA